AUGCUCGACAUCUCCAUAAUCGCCCUCGAGGACCCCGUCGCCAUCGUCCACAUCCCCAUCGCACUUACCCUCGCCGACGCAUGCACCAGCAAGAUAUACUGGACCCUCGAUGCCGCCGAGCGCCUGUCCCCCGAGUUCUUCAACAUCACCUCCAACCGCAUCGAGAUGUCGAUGUUUGGUUCCGCACAGCUCAUGGCGCAGGAAUGGGCUGCGACCGCCGAUUCAGAAGUGCUCAUCAGCCCGGACUGGCGGGUGUUUGAGAUCUCCUCGGGGGAUGAAGACGAUGUUCGCAACUAUGAUUCACCGCAUCUCCGGCACGUCUCGGCGCCUCUGGCUCGUGCUGGUAUCUCUAUCCUGUACCAGUCGAGCUAUUUCACAGACUUUUUGCUGGUCAAAGAGUCGGACUUUGAGAAAGCUGCAGGCAUCUUCUCUCAACAGGGUUGGCACGUGUCACCCACUGCUCCUUCCCCUCGUCGACCACUCCCUCUCCCUACACCCACAUCCUCCUCAUUCUCUUCCUUUUCCACUUCGUCAUCCCCGUCUCCAACCCCCUCCCCACAGCCAGAGAUAAGCGUCCUUCCCCACCCUCUUGCCUGCGUUGGUCUUUCAAGAGCCGCCGAAGUCCGUUUCGCCGAACAACUACGCAAGUUUCUGGUAUGGCCAGAGAGGGCUGUCGCUGUGCAUUCGCCCGUGGGGAAUGUCCCUGACGACGAGGACGAGAGUGAGGGAGAAGCGGAUGAGCUCGAGGGCGAACGUCGACGCUUAGCGGCCUCCCGCUCAGCACGCGAUCUAUCCCCUAGCCAGACCCACAAACGCCCCUUCAUCUCAUACACCCAGAACGAAGACGGUGCCUCCCUUCUCACCGAGAUCCGUAUCCUCCGCACCAUGUUUCCAGUGGGGGAAGCAGGGGAAGACGAUCAUGUGCAAUCUGGAGGAGAGCUUGCUUGGAUUGACCGUGAUCUUGGGCUGGAUGAAGCGGUGGCAGAUUCGGAGGAGGAGGAUGACGACUGGGUGGAGUGGGAGAUCCAGACUCCGGUUGACAUGCAGAGUGCAGAUGUCAAAGAGUCGGAUGGAGGCGUAGUGGAGGCAUUCGAGAAGGGGCAUAGGAAAGUGUCGUCGUUGCCCUGUACACCCCAUGAGCCUCUACACGCAUUCCAUACUCGCACCCAUACGCAAAUCGACCUCAAAACGCAAUUCAUCCAAACCACACAGUCCAUCCACUCAGUCGACCUCGCUUCAUACCCCCCGUCUCUUUCAGGGUCAAUCUCCUCCAACAUCACUGCUACCACCAUCGAGCCGGAGGUCAGAGUGAGCUUCCCUACGCCCUCGCUGCUACCUGCUGUGGAACUGCCCAUCAGGUGGUCGGGCAGAAAAAUGAAGAAUGAAGGGAAGGGCAAGAAGAGAUGUCUUCAGAUGGAUCUGCGAAGUCUUGGCGAUGCUGGCCACGGUGAUGGCGAAGGGAUUUACCAUCUCGGUAGGUCCACAACCCCAUCAUCCUCUCCCUGUAGCUGACUCUCUUCUAGACAAAUCCGGCCUCGUCACGCGUUUCUCCUCCCUACUAGCUGGAUCGUCCGUCAAGAGACCUAUCAAGAUGCUCUAUUCGUCGACAUUCCAUACGGCAAAUAUACUGGUCGAGAGUCGGGAUGUGAAGCGGGCUAAAGGGCUGUUGGAGAGGAGACGGAGGAGCGCAGAGUGGGCUUGAUCCACGAGUCAAAGGUGGCAUAGAAGGGGAAGUAGACCUCUUUUUACAAGACUGGACUUUUCAACUUUGUGUUCUGUAUUUCUAGUGCUUUGCUUCGUAGUCUCUUGCUCUGCUUCCUUUGAAGUACACACUGCUCAUUGUCUCCCAUUUCUCGGUCUUGACAGCUAUAUAUUUACGAAAAUCUCAACGACAUCAUGUUCCCAAUGUUGACGAAAGAGAAGGUGACCAUCUUAAAGUUCUUCUAGUCCUGUUGCGAAUCACAUAGAUUGAUGGCGGAUGCAAAACAGGCCGUUUCAUUGUAAUAGGCAC